GAGUUGGAAUUGGAUUGUUGGAAAAGUUACUCCUAGAAAAGAGAUUGGGAUUAUAAUUAUAAUCAAAAGCCAAACCCACUUUGCCCUAAACUCAACUACCGGAAAACGCCGCCGGAAUUCCUCAUCGGCCGCCACACACACCGAGCAAGUUCUGUUCAGAUAUUGAAAUCUAAUAGAGCAUGGACACUCAAAAAAGCACAAACACUCAAAAAAGCCAAGCUGAAAACCCAUAUUCAUCAGCUGCAGUUGCCACUUCAUGUCGAAAGAAGAAGCACGAAGAAGCCUCAUUCUUGGAGGAUGUGAAGGAUCACAUUGACGAGUUUAUUAAUGCUUCCAUGGAAGAGCACAAAACCUGCUUUCAGAAAACAAUUAAAAAGAUGUUUGGUUUGUCUAAGGCAGUUGCUGAAGCAAACGCCAAUGCUGCAAAAGAAGUUGAAAGUUCUUUGCCUCUUCAGACAGUUUUAGAAAAGUAAAUUGAUUAUUCUUGAACUGCUAGGUUUAACUGAGUCAUGUGGUAUUAUAUCCACGCAUAUUUUGUUAUAUUUAUAUUUAGGAUUUAAAUAAAUGAAGCGAAACUCCUCAAAAAAAGUUUUGUUUGCAAAAACUCAAUUUACUAUGUGUAAAGGUAUAUAGACAUAUUACUAUAACUCCUGGAAUACAUUAGGUCUAAAUACCAUUUUGUUUUUAAUA